AUGUUUGAACACUCUAUCAAAGUUCCAAGACAUUACAAAGUCGCAGCAAAUAUUUUCAAAACAGUUUCUACAGAAGGUGGUAGUGUAAAGACGUUACUGUACGACAACAAACUUCGACACUUUAGAACCAACGUGCUUUAUGCACUGAUAACAGAAACUAUAAAACAUGCCAGUGAUAUUGAUAAAAUAUUUGGAAACUGUGGUAUAUUAGAAAAAGAGUCUAGAUUAGAUCCGUGGUUAGCAAAAAUAUUGACUGCCGAAUUACUUUUUGGCAAAAAAGCCUUGCCUGGCAAAAGCAAACCUGAACAAACAAUAUUGUCUUACAAAGAUCAAUUUGAGAAGUACACUAUUGAAAAUGAGGAUACUUUGAAGACUGAAGUUGUUCGCAGACCUAGAUAUGUUCGUGUAAACACCAACUUGCUGACAACUUCAGAUGCCAUCAGAGCGUUCCAGGACGAAGGGUACCGCUUUAUCCGAUGUACAUCAGGCUCGUAUGAUGACUACCUUAAGCAGAUUCAGCAGCUUACUGAAUACGAUUUCACGCAAGACUAUCAUGUUAAGACUAUCUUCGUGUUUUCUGCUGGUACCAAACUCCAUGAACAUGAACUUUACUUGGAGAAUAAAAUCAUUCUACAAGAUAAGGCUACUGCGAUGGCGGUACACCUGUUGGCGCCACCAGCUGGCAGUGUUGUGCUCGACAUGUGUGCUGCACCUGGAAUGAAGACCACACAACUCGCUGCGUACAUGAGAAAUCAGGGACGGAUUUAUGCAGUGGAAAGAAACGAAAAACGCUACCAGACUUUGUGCGAUUUUGUACAGAAAACAGAUUCCAAAUGCGUAGAAACACUUCAUAGAGACUCUUUGGACAUUAAAAGGGGUGAAUUCGAAGAUGUGGAAUACAUUCUCCUCGAUCCCAGCUGUUCUGGUUCGGGCAUGGAACUUUGUGUGCACAACUACAUUGAGGACACGAGAUUGGCAAAAUUAACAUCACUGCAAGAAAAGUUCUUGAAGCACGCUAUGAAUUCAUUUCCGAAAGCCAAGCGAAUAGUAUAUAGCACUUGCUCUCUGUUCCCCGAAGAAAACGAAAGAGUGAUUACUAAUGUUGUAAAAACAUCGCGCUCAAAAUGGCGAGUGCAAGAUGUUAAAGAAUUAUUGAAAGGUCAAUGGAAUAACAUCGGGUCGGGUAUGUACGGCAGUAUGGGUACGAGAUGCAUGUAUGCUAAACCAGACACCGAUUUCACUAUUGGAUUCUUCUUAGCAGUGUUAGACAGAGAUCAAAAAGAACUAGAAAAAAGUGUUGAUGGUAAAAAUUUUUGUGAAAAUAAAAAAGAAAAAUUUAAUGAAAGCUCUGGGGAGACAAUUAAUGAUGGAAACACAAAUGAAGUUUCGACUAAAAGGAAAAAGAAGCACAAGAAGUCUGAAACUGCAGAUGGAGUAAUAAUCUCUCACGACAUAGAAGAAAUCUCGAAAGAUAGUAAAUUUAAUGAACCAAAUAAUAAAGAGGAAAAUUCUUUACCGAGUGAAUCAAAUACAAUUAAAAAGAAAAAAGAAAAACACAAUGAGCUAAACAUAAAUGAGGAACUGGACGAGUUGAACAAUAUCGUCAAUGAUUCAGCUGAAGAGCAUCAGCCUAAAAAGAAGAAGAAGAAGCGAAGGAAAUCUCUUGAAGAUGUUGUUGAAGAUAAUUUUGCUUUAGAUAAAAGCAAUGACGAAGAACCAUUAAUGAAAAAGAAGAAGAAAAUUAAGUGA